GAAGAUAUGUCAGGGGACCUGGAAGACAAGAUCUGCGGCUACACACAUAUCAGUGUUCAGAAAUUCUGCUACAAGUGGACCAUUAGCAACUUUUCAUUUUGCAUGGAUGGAAUUUGGGAAAUUAUUACAAGCCCAGUGUUCUCAUUAGAGGCCAAUGAAGAAGUGCAAUGGUGUUUGACAUUAUAUCCAAACGGUGUUGAUGAAGAAAGCAAAGAUUACCUGUCUGUUUGCCUGGGUUUGCACAGUUGUCCAAAGAGCCCAGUUUUGGCAAAGUUCCAGUGCUGGAUUAUAAAUGCCCAAGGAGAGAAACAUCAAAUUACAGAGAUCCCAAAAGUUAUAAGGUUUCUUCCAAACGAACAAUGGGCAUUGAGGAAGUUCAUCCUUCGAGAUUUCCUCCUGUCCCAUAGGCAUUGGCUUCUCCCUGAAGACCAACUCAUCCUGUGUUGCAAGGUGUCCAUAGUAGGACCCUCCUUUAACAGGCCUGGACAUAACAUGAGACCUGCAAUCAAGGAUCCAACACAGAUGUUGGCCGAUGAUGUAGGAGAGCUGUGGAAAAAUUCCCUCUUCACAGACUGCACCCUUGUUGUAGGUGGGCAAGAAUUCAGAGCUCACAAAGCCAUUCUAGCAGCUCGCUCUCCAGUUUUCAGAGCCAUGUUUGAACAUGAAAUGCAGGAGCGCCUAACAAACCGCAUUGAGAUCCAUGACAUUCACCUGCAAGUCUUUAAGGAAAUGAUGUCCUUCAUUUACACAGGGAAGGCACCACACCUCCACAGCCACUCAAUGGCCACUGGUUUGUUGGCAGCUGCUGAUAAGUAUGAUCUGCAGGACUUGAAGGUCAUUUGUGAGGAUUCCCUGUGCAGGAACCUCUCUGUGAAGAAUGCUGUACCAACUCUCAUCCUGGCUGACCUCCACAGCACAGAGCACCUGAAGACUAGGGCCAUGGAUUUCAUUAUACUUCAUGCUUCUGAAGUCUCUAAGACCUUGGAGUGGAAGUCAAUGGUGGGGUCACAUCCCCACUUGGUGGAGGAAGCAUUUCGCACCCUGGCUUCUGUACAUUGUUUUUCCUUGGAGCCCUCACUCAAACGCCAAAAGAUAUUUUAG